CCACACGAUUUGUGGAAGUUCUUUCAAUUCCAGUGCAUAUUGUCUAAUUUCGGGACCAUUCCUCACGACUGUCGGCAUUUCAUCAAUAUCAAACGCAUCUUCGAACAACGUGUAAUGAAGCUUGUGAAAGGCAACGGGCAGUCUGGGAUACAAAAUAUGCUUUCGCACUAUAAUCUCACUUUCGAAGGGCAAAAGCACUGCGGCCUUGAUGACUCGAUCAACAUUGCGAGAUUGUGUAUAAAGUUAAUGCAGGAUAAAAUUGAACUUCGGAUUAAUCAAAGAAUGACCAGAAGACAAGACAGGAAUGAGGAGCGGCGCUUAGAGGAGCUUGCCAAAUCCGACCGAGCAGAUGCGUCCGAUUACCACAUUUGGCACAGAAAAUUGCCACUAAAACUGCGACAAGUUACACGCGAGAUUUUGAGCGAGGAAUACCUAGAUUGCGACAUGUAUUAUGGUGGAGCCGUAAAGACUUUAGCAGUACUGAUGACUGCUAAUACAGUGGACACAUUACUUAAUUGGGAUAGGAAGCACAAGAUUGUACAGAAGGCGUUCUUCCAAUGCACUCUUAAUCGAACCUAUCACAGUUAUCUGCUCAUUUUUGUACUAUUCACGCAGAGCCAUCUCAUUACAGUUUAG